UGGGUUGGUAUAAGGACAGUAGCUAUAGUACUAACUUGAUAAUUCUUGUUUACAGGUUGGGUAUGAAAACAAAGCAGGGUAUAGUGACUUCCAGGCUUACCCGCCGUGUCCUCAAAAAGGAACACCGUUUCACAAAAAGCAUGUUGCUGGAAUCUUGUCAUCUGAUUGGAUGGGCAAUCGUUGAACUUGUAUAAUCACUAAAGAAAUGAUGAAGAGUAACCAAUACGGAUCAUCAAAGAUGCCAUCUCAUCUAGUCUUCGGAUUCACCACCUGACACUGUUCAUCUGAGGUCAACAUAUCUUGAUCUUGUAUAAUCCAUGGAGCUAUAGCUCUAUGCAUAGUCCAAGAAGCUCUCCGAAACAACACGCCUUUUUCCUUAAAAGAAAUAUUAAAAAAAUUUAGACGUUGAUAUUAUUCUAGGAAUUUACGCUGUGAUCACAAUCGUCGAACAUACAGAGAACUCUUAUGUCUGCAUCUUAAUGAACGUUGGACAAGGAAAUUGUUAUUCAGUGUUACUGACAAGCAUGAGGAGGAAGUGUACAGGUUUACAUUUCGGCAACAAUAAAAAUCUAAAACAAGGCGCACUGAUUCGGGAAAAAGUACGGGACCAACAUGCAAACACAGAGGAAUAAUGUAUGAAUUGGUUGGUAGUCAGUCUGGAAUCUCGCCGGGUGAUGCCGGAGAGUGAGCCACCUCUAUUAUGCAUGGGACACAUAUGAAAAAUACCAACCCGAAAUUUCAUUUACUUUCUUUUUUUUCGAGAAAUUAAUGCAUUCAUCUUGUUUCUAUCUGGGAAUUAUUAUUAGGAAUACAUCGUCAUGGAAACCAUACCGGGAGCUCCGAGGAAGACAUCAACAGAUAUACGGCCGCAACCCAGGCCAGAGAUUAUAGAGCGACGGUUUACACGCCUGAAGAGCAACAUGCAGGGUGGACCAGAUCAAAUCCUCCACAUGGACGGUCUCAGUAUUGAACAGAAAUGGAGAAUUAUCAAUGAUGAGCCGUCGUUGAAGUCGUCGUUGCACGAUGUAAAGUAUUACAAGACGCAGCUGGAAGGCCACAUCGACCCGACAAUCCAUCAAGAGGCAACCAUGAAGAAGUCAUCGUGGAAGAAGAUGGUGAAGGCCCUUGCCCCCGUCAAGGAGGUCAUCGAGGACCUCAAAGAAGAUCUGCAUUCAGCCAAGACAGAUUUCCUCAAAGCUUUUAUCGCAGAUAAAGUAGGUGGUGUCCUCCUUCUUGCCAAGUUCUUGAGUCAAACCCAAACCCUUAUUGAGAGGGAUAGGAGUCAACAUAAUGCUAACAACUCAGCUUCGAUCCAGCCACCAAGCCGUACAUCAACACUCGAUAAGAAACAACUCAAGCUCCUUGAAAACAUCAAACGCACAACAAUGGAAGAAUCAGACGCAAUGAACUGCCUGCGGAAAAUAUCCGAAGACAAGGAGGGGCUUUCUAUCAUAAUAAAAGGAGAUGAUGUCUUAGAAAUCAUUACAUCAUGUAUAAUCAGCAGGUCAUUAUCAGCUAGACUUUAUGCUUUCAUGGUUUUGAUCGCAGUUUGUGAAUCCAGAGACGGUCUGAAUCGAGUGCUAACAGCUUUGAGUGCCUUCAGAAAGAAGUUAAAUGAGAAGGUUCGAUUUCAUGCCAUCACACAAAUGAUGUUCCUUGAGAAAUCAAGAGUUGAACUGGUGACGAUAUGUCUUCGGUUUAUCAACACAAUGCUCAGCUCCACAACAGACAUGAACAAACGGGUUUACCUGCAGUAUGAGCUAGAGAUGGCUGAAUUUAAUCCAAUUAAACUAGAAAGGUUGUAUCGUCUAGAAGGUGAGCUACCUCCUUCAAUCAAACUAGAAUUAGACGCGUGGCACAGUCGUUAUGUCAGUAUUCAGAGACUUCAAGAGAACCUAACGACCAUAGAAACAAGGAAUGCUCUACUCAGAAAAGAGGUUGACAGACAAGGGUCUAGAAUGACAGACUACGAGGCUGAGAACAAAGCAUUACAAACCAAAAUUCUAGAUCUCGUUGCUAGGUCAGAUGAUUACAGAGACAGGGUCAACGAACUUCAAGACACUAUUGAAAAAUUGACGCGGGAAUACACGAAGAAGACCGGUCAGCAUGCGGAGAAACAAUUUCGUAACUUUGAUAAUUUGAUGAAACCUCUAGAACCCGAACAGGAGGGUGAUGAAGUGACUGUCAUCAUCGAACCACAGAAAACAGGAGAAAGAAAACUAGAAAGAAAGAAAUCUGUUAUCGGUGAAAAGAAGAAGGAAAUUGUCAUUUCCAAGCCCGCCGCAUCGAAGAAGGCCAAAGCCCCACCCCCUCCUACACCCCCACCUGCCCCUCCCGAUCUACCACCUAGUACAGUACCAGGAGCCCCCGGUGUACCCCUACCUCCACCUCUUAUCGGUACAGUGAGGAAGAACCGUAACCGAUUGAUGUCCAAACAUGCACUGCCAAUGUUAAAUUGGAAUACAAUCACUACACCGGGAAACACAAUCUUUAAGGUUUUGGAUGACGAGAAUGUUUACGACGAGAUGGACUUUGAGGAUUUUGAGAAUCAUUUCCGGUUGAAGGAAACCUCGGCAACGACAGCGACGAUGGAGAAACUCCGACGAUUACAAGAGAAACAAGCCCAGAAGAUCAGAGUGGUAGACAACAAUCGCGCCAAGAAUCUUAUAAUUACCCAGCGUCGGAUAGCGCUAUCCCCGAAGGAUAUCCGUGGUUUCGUUGAUCGGUGUGACAUCACUGGUGUUCCUGGAGAAUACGCUGAACUGCUUCUUAACUUUGUGCCAACAAAGGACGAGCUGAAGAAACUUGCAGAGAAUGCAGAUAACUAUGAAGAUAUGGGAGAGGCUGAACAGUUUAUGUUCCAGAUGGCGAGAGUGGACCGAUACGAAUCUAAGUUGAGGUUAAUGACCUUUAUGGGUAUCUACAGUGACUUAGUCGUCACGCUCAAACCAGAAAUUGAAGCAAUAGUAAAAGCCUGUGAUUCAAUCGUCACGAGCGGGAAACUCAAGAAAUUACUCGAGAUUGUUCUUGCUUUCGGUAACUACAUGAACAGCAGUAAGAGAGGACCAGCCAUAGGAUUCAAACUUGAAUCUCUACAAAGGUUGACGUUCGUGAAAUCAUCAGAUCGUAGUCAUAACUUCCUUCAUUACCUUGUUGAAGCGGUCAACCGAUGCUACCCAGAAAUCAAGGAUUGGUACAACGACCUCCAAUUCGACGAUCUCAAGUCAGGAUCUCUUGAAGCGCUGACUAUGGAUAUCCAAGGAUUACGUAAGGGCCUGGAACUUGCCAAGUUUGAACGAGAACGACAGAUGGACAAUCCUAUUAUUGGACAGUUCUAUGUGGGUGCUGCAGACACCAUCCAUGCACUCUCUGAAGGUUUCAAGAAGAUGGAAGAGAUCUACCACUACACUACCAAGAUGUUUGGUGAGAACGGAGACCAUGUCGAACCAAUCAACUUCUUCAAGCUCUUUAAAGACUUUAGCAGCCAGUAUCAGGCUGCUGAAAGAGCAAACAGUAAAAAUCCAAUUGAGGUUGCUCCUAAACGCAAACCAGCAAAGAAAAAGGGAUCAAACAACCAGCAAUAUGGACUACCAACACAAGAACUGCCUUCUGCCGGUAUCACUGGUCGUCUAGGGCUCUUCCGCCGGUCAACCCAGAACAAAGGCUCUUAUGAAGUCAAGAGUAAAGCAACACCAUCGUCAGCCACGAUACCGGACGAAUCGGUAACGAACUUGAGAAGGGAUUCGCCGUCGUCCUCCGACUCGGGUAUAGCGUCGAUGGCGUCGUCGGGCGACAGUGGUUCGGCGCGGAGCAUCCCGUACGUGUCAGUGGAUUCAUCGAAGACUGGAGGGGUUGUCAUGACAGCGAAUGGACAUGGAAAUGCGCAGACGGCUGGUGGUGAGGGUGGUGGCGGGGACAAGGCUGCAGAUGGGAAUUCAAAUUUCUGGGGGAUAUUCAGCUCAUUGAAGUGAAAUCAUCUUCAGCGAAACGUUUUGAAGACAUUAACCCUGUACCCCAGUCUAAUGUUUUGAGAAGGUUCAUUUUACAUUAGCUUCGCUGGAAGAGCUAUUAUGUGUGCAUCUUUCUUCUGACAUUGCCAAUUAAUUAAUAUGGAAGAUUAUGAUGUAACGUUGCAUUAUUCACUGUGAUGUCGAACAGAUCUACUUUCCAUCAUGAUGGCCCUGCUCUUUAUGGACCUGACUAUUUCCGACAUUUAAGACGAUGGGCACUGUUGAAUAUAAGUGUAUUUCAAGGGAAGAUUAUGUAUCAUAAUGGGUAAUAGCUAUGGUUUAGCAGUUGAUCAUGUUGAUAAUGUGUGCGGGGGUGGAUAAUUAUGUGCAGCGGCUUU